GUUCAGCAUUCUUGUUUGGAAACCCAUUGUCCUGUCUAGCCCUUUAAAAGUGGCUUGCAUCGCAAUGUGGUGGCCUAUCAUUCCCUGCUUCAGCGCCCCUCAGAGAGUUCUCGAAACGCGCUCGUUAUCCUAAGUUCCUAACCCGCCGACUGGUCAACAAUUCAGUAUGACGACAAGCAGCCAUAAUCUCUCCAACCAAUACCAUGCACCAUCCACGUUCGAACAAAUGGUUCUCUCUAAAUACGACGAUCUUUCGUCGUAUCAGCGCCCACGCACCUUGCUCGCUCUUCUCCGGACCAACGACGUUCCAAAUCCAAUGGAGGUCGGCAUUCUGAAAGGAUCAUUGUUCCACGUCCAAAACGACAUUCGCCGGAUCGUCGCCGACCUCGAUCGCUUAUCCUACGGCGACGCGGACGUGCUCAGUCGCGACACUUGUCGUCAACUCCACAAUAGACUUGCACUCUUGGAAGAGAUUGAAUACGACCAUCGUGUACCAUUACUUCUCAUCCGUCGCAUUCCCCCUGAAAUUCUCAGGGAGAUAUUCUUGUACACCGCUGGCUUCUUCAGUGAUAUCUUCAAUGCGGGCAGCGAACCUUGGGUCAUCGGGCAAGUGUCCAGGUCGUGGAGAUCUGUGUGCAUUUUUAUGUGUCCUGGCCUAUGGUCAAGGAUAGAGAUUCGUUCUUCCGAUGACCAGUGCGUGCGUAAGAAAGACCCUAUGGCAUUGCUCCGGAUGGUGUUGUCUCGCUCACGUCAGCACAGGCUAGACAUUAGAGUGACCUCGUCUAUUGGAUCGACAAUGUGGGAAGAGCUGAUUGCCACCGCCGAACGCUGGACGAAUAUCUAUCUUACCAGUAUUGGUCUACAAGAGGUGGGGUACCUUUCCCAUGUCCGCGGGCGCCUCGGGAGGCUUGAAGAAUGUCAUCUGGAAUAUUCUUGCGAAGGCUUAGAUUUCAUCGAUGCCUUCGAUUAUACACCCGCACUCAAGAAGAUAAAAGUGUUCGGUCUAGAUCUCAAUACCCUCUUUCACAUUACAUCUGCCAACCUUGAGCUCUUUGUCGACGACAGGGACGUCUGGUCAGCGUCCGCGUCAAUCCAUGACCAUCAUCUAAAGCUCCUCCAAGAUUCGCCCAACUUGAAGGUCUUCUAUGCCCCUUACCGUUGUCCUGCAGGCCGGACUGUCUUCCCACGUAUCACCAAACCUUCGUUAUCAGAAUUGACAGUCUGCGACAACUCUCUUAUCCGCAGCCUCUCGCUUCCACAACUCACGGAUGUCGCCCUGUUCAACGACUGUUGGGUGAAUCCCAUCGACUGCCUCGCCUCUUUCCAGGACCUGCUGAUUCAGUCCCAUUGCAACACUCUGACCACACUGCAGAUAUCUGAUAUCAUUCUCCACCCAGAAAAUCUCCUUCGAAUUUUCGAAUUAAGCCCCGCUCUUGUCUCUUUCUAUUAUCAGACUCAUGAAUGGUCCGCUCAAAAUGACGAUAUCUUGAAGAUUCUCUUCCGCAGAUUGUCCGAUUCGCAGGCACUCGUCCCCCAUCUGAAGGACGUUGUUCUUGAACUGACCCUCUUCAGCGAGACCGACGUUCAUUGUGCCAGCCGUAAGAUGGUAGACAUGAUGGUGGCACGCCUCGGGUUGUCCCUGCAAAAGUUCCAUCUCACUGCUACGGUGCCGGAUGAGGGGUUUUGUAAUUUAGGUGAAGAUGAUUUUGAACGGCUGAGAACUAUGAAGAUGGAGGGUUUUGAUGUGGUCAUCAGUUCUUGUGGCUCCGACAUCGACGAAGAAAGACACGUUUAUGUAUAAUCUGGCUGUCCUUACAUCUGCG